AUGGUCGAGUCCAAAACCCCACCCAAUUCUGCCGCGGCCAAUCAGUCUGGUUUUGCUGUUGGCGAUGCUGCCCUCCAACAAGAUGACCUGUUCGCUUUGCACCAAUCGAGUCCCGCACGUCGGCAUCAAGAGUACAACAGUAUGUGCAAAGAGGUGAUUCGGCGCAUGCCUGACCGUGAUCCCAGCAUUGUCGUGCCGUUUGCAACAACCCUGGCGACCAUGUUCCACCAGCACGCUCCCGAAGAUGAUGAGCUUUAUGGCAUCUUCCUCGCAUUGCUGCUUGACCCCGCCAGAUCUCGCUUCAUGCAGCUAGUCCAACAUGCUCUCCACGAGUCUGCACGCCACCUGCCCGCCCACGUGCUGCAGGACGUUUUCCAGCUGCAGCGCUCUGACGAUGAUGAUCAGGCUAUGCUCUAUCAACUCCAUCCAGCACAGCCUAGCGCCAUUGUCCACGAUCGCAUCAAGCAGUCUCUUGGUAGUCUCGGCCACCCACCUUGUGCGCCUCCGGAAUGCCUCGAGCUCUUGAUCCCGCUUGUGUUCAGACCUGCUCCACCUCCAGCCGCGCUCGAGGUCGAGCAUCGCGCGCAGCAAGUCCAGCGAGCCUUCAGCACUACCUUCCUUGGGCCCGCCGUCGAUCGGCUGGUCUUCCACCUGGGCGUCCAUUCACGGCAUUCUUUCACCACCCAUGCACCUUCAAAGAACAGCUCGGUGCAGCCUAGCACCGAUCAGCAACCCACUUUACCCUACUUUGCCCGUGUCAUCCCCAUUCUCCAAUCCUCCGGAUUUGGCAAGACCAAGAUGUGCGUCCAUCUCGGCGCAAAGCAUCCCGGACUCCUCCUCUGCCUUCGUCAUGAUACCCCGAACGAGUCCGUCUCGUUCCCUCCGCAGGAUUCUCUGGUCUACGGCUACAUGCAAGCUUGCCUCGACGCCGUGGCCAAGCCUGACAAGGCCAAGACAGGCGACGAAGACCGCGUGGUGCAUUUCAGGCUCGCCAACUUCCUAGCAGCAUAUUGCACCACCCUCAAGCUCUAUCUUGCACGGCUCAUGCACCUCUCGGGCUGCUGUCACUCGUUUGCACACUCAUCGCAACCAAAAGGACAGGCUUCUACCAAUCAGCACCCGUUGCCCUCAUCUUCGCUCUGUUGGAAGACGGUCGUCUUUGUCCUGUCCACCUCACUCAAGCGCGGCUUUCUCGAAAACCUGGCUCUCGAUCCGCCCAAAAGAUUUUGUCCACACGUUGCCACGUUUUGUCACCUCAACCUGUUACCUCGAUCCCAAGUCGACCAAGGCGGGACGAGCGUGAACCUGUAUCCGCAAUCUUUGCACCUCGAACUCAGCCAAGCCCAGACCGACUUUGUCUCGCUACUCACGGCUCACAACGCCCGCAAAAAGAUAAUAUCUGAAAUCCUCGCCUUUGCCAAUGCUGCCAACGCCGAGCCCAUGCCCAAGCCGCAAGCAGUUGAAGCUGCACCAGCACAGAUGGCACGUAACAUCAUCCGCCCCGCACUGCUCGAGCUUGAGAGGCUGGUCGAAACUGACCAGCUGGACGAAGAAGUCAUCUUUUACCUCGCCCUAGACGAGUGUGGCAGCAUCGAACCGCUCUUGCCCCAUGUACGUCGCCUGUGGAACUAUGCCGAGCCCAAGCGCACCUGGAUCUUUCUCAUCGACACCAACAGCAAGAUUUCACCCGUGGCCGGUAGAGCUGCCUCGGCCGCAUCAGGCAGGACCGAUCUAUUUACUGGUACGCAUCAGCUGCCCAUCCCCUUUACUGCGCUGCCACUCGAUGUUCAUCCGACACGCCACGAAGCCAUCCAACUCUGCAAGGACAUCGAGGCAGGCCAUUGCAGCCUUCGCCGUCUCAACCUCAUGAUACCCAAGCUUGGCCGUCCUCUUUGGAACGACAGUGAGCUCUUCCGAGACCGUGACUACAUGCUGCGCUGCCACGCCAUCAUAGGCAAGCUUGUCGGCUCCACUUCGCAGCGCUGGCCGGACAAGCUUCCCAAACCAAGCCAGCCAUUGGACAGCGCCGCCUUCCAACCAAUCAUGGCCCUAGUCCUUCAGCGAGUUCCCAUGGGCUACUCGUGCCUUUCAGAACAAGUGACAUGGCAGGAGUUUGUCAAAAACCAGGUCUCGUACCACCUCCGUUUCAUCGAAAAGGUCCUGCCUAAUUCCAAUGUUGUCAAGUCGCACGUUGUCAGCGAGCCCCCGCUCAGUGUAGCCGCUGCAUGGUCCUUCCGACACGAGCCAAGCAAAAUUGGCCUCAAAUGGUCCACGGCCAUCAUGACCCUGGCUUCCGCUCGUGCUGCUGUCGGCCUGCAAGUUGGACUUGAGGGCGAAGAAGGCGCUCACCUCAUCUGCAGCAUGGCUUCCGACUUUGCCGCCGGCGAAGCAUACAAGGACGAUUUUCUCCAGGUUGGGUUUGACGACGCUUUCCCGGACAGGUAUGCGUGUACCAUGGGUCUGGUCCGGCUUGAUCGAUGGCUUGAUAUCUUGAUCGGCAACGAGUACGAUCCGCGCGUUCCUGCUGCCGAUCCAAAGCAAGCGCCACUGUACUCUCCUCAGGUCAGCAAAGACUUUAGGGCAUGGUGCAAAAGUCAGUGGCUCAACUUCAAGCACGUCGCCGCUCUUCCCAAACAGGUCAAGAUGUCCAAGACGCUCGACCGCAAUCUGCUUGCUCACUUCUGGCUUCGACAUGCAGCGAUGCGCGGUCCGGCAAAUCAAGAAGGCUGGGAUCUGCUGAUACCCUUGUACAAUUCGGAAAGCGUUCCUAUUGGCGAUGAACCAUUCCAAAUCAAUCAGCUGUCAUUUGUUGCCAUUCAGGUCAAGAACGAACUUUACAGUCCUAAUUUCCCCGAUCCGCUGGGACCAACCCUGUCAGCGGUGAACAUAGCUGACGUUAAUCUUGGCGAGUGCAAGCACCAGCAGCAGCACCAGCACGAGCACCAGCAAGAGCCAGCACCACAAGGGCAAGAGCAAGAACAAGGACAAGUGGCCUUGACGUCGUCAUCAUCUACUACCACUCUGGAGCUUUACCUUGACCUUCGAGGGCCAUCAAGAACACCGUCGUUACUCAAGAUGUCGGCACCACGCGCAAGCAAGCCAAAGCAAGAGGAUCAUCAAGAGCAGCAGCAGCAAACGCGCUACAACAUUUACGUGUCCGGCUUGGAUGCUGAGCGUUAUCCAGUGCUGGGCAGGCUCGAAGGCGACGCCCGCGGACUGAUGCCAACCAUGUUUGGACUCAGCUAUCUGGGCACCAAUCGAUUCGAGACGGAUUUCAUCGAUGCCGUGCACAGUCUCGACAAUCAAGGUCGAGAGCAGGCACGCAGACAGCUCCACGAGUUGGGAGGCUUCAUGCCCAUGUUUGACGGGAUACCUACGCAAGGCGAGGAGCCAUGGUGCCCCAAGCCGUUUUACCGAGGCUACGCAAUAGGCCAGUCCAAGCGCAUGCGGGCCGAGUAG